AUGAGACUCACUCCUUCUUCCUCUCUUAUUCUCGCGACCCUUGCGAUCUCCUCGUCGUCGUCGAGUUUGGCAGCUCCCGCCCCCGAACCGCACCAUGGGUUCCACGACCACCACGACAUGAUCUCGAGUUCGUCCACUAUGAAGACGGCCGGAAGACGUGAUUCCAUGCACGUUCACAUGCAGGGGCGGGAUCCACUUGGGAUCAACCAGCACUACGACACGAGGCAGCUGGGUCAGCUGGAUAGUAUCAUCAGCACCCUUGGGGGAUUGCCUCUCGUGGGUCCGACGCUGGAGACGAUCCUCACCCCGGUCUUGUCCGCGCUCGGUCUCAGUGUCAGUGUAACAAAGGAAAACGUCCUCGAUGUGUUGUCCUCCCUCGCUCCCCAGCAGCUCUCUCAGGUUCAAGAGGCGCUGUCCCAGGCGACCAGCACCUUGUUAGCCACCGUCCCCACCUCCAUUCCUGGGUCGUCUUCCAAUCAUACUGCGCGCGACGGGCCUGACAUGACCUAUUCCUACUCGGUCAGCUCUUCCGACACCGCGAGCUCAUCCUCUGCACAGCCGACGUUCACCUACGAUGGGAUGGCAGCGGAUGCCGCGACCUCCAGCGCCGCUGCCGCUCCUUCCGGUGCUCCCGCUGGCCUCCCUGUUAGCCCUCCGAUCAACCCUCCGAUCAACCCUUUCGCGGCUGGCGCGAACCCUUUGUCGCCAUCUCUUCCUUCCAACCCUCCCAAUACCCCAGUGGCUCCCCCAGCCGCUCCCCACCCUGAAGACAUGCGCGCCCGCGCUGUUCCCCCCGGUGCGCCCGCGCCCCCUGCGGGUGCACCCCAGCCCCCCGCGGGUGCGCCUCAGCCCCCCGUAGGUGCACCCCAGCCUCCCGCUGGCGCACCCCGGCCACCUGUGAGCCCUCCUGUUUCACCGCCGACGAACGGUGGCCCGCCUCCGGCUCCCGCCCCUCCUGCUCCUGCGGCAGCCGCAAAGGACGUCGCUAGCUCUUCUAGCGACCCUGCGGCGUCGACGACCGUGGCGACGGUGACGGUAACGGCGACGGCGACUGGUGCCUAG